AUUCAAAUUUGCUUGAAUCGAUUAUCUCUAAUAUGCGCAAUUAUCGAAUUCAUGUGAAGAUUUAUCUACAAUGCAUACAAAGCAUCAGAAUUAACCGAUGGUUUAAAGAAGAUGGCGUCUAUAUUAAAACGCUGCCUCACCAUGGGAACGCGAGUCUCUUGGUACGAGAUUUCGUUUUUGUGUGUUUGGUCGGUUUCGUUUUUCGAUUGUUCCGAGCGUUUGCGUUCGUGAAUCGUUUCGAUCGCCGGCUAUUACAAUCGUCGCCAUGACCAUGCUCGCGUGGUCAUCUUCGUGUGUCGUAUCGUUUCUUCGUCGCGCGGAGAGCAGCUAAUGAGGACACCGUAUAUUGGUCAAUGGUAUUCGAGCACUUCGCAUGCUCGCAAUGAAAUGCGGAGAAAUGUGUAUUGUAUGUGUUAAAACGUAACAACGCAUCGAAUUUGUGGAAAAACCGAGUUGUUACACAGUUUGCUAAGCCAAAAACAUAGAGUCUGUAUUUUCAAAUAACUGAAAGCUUCAUGAAUCGUCGUCGUAAUCGAUUGCAUUCGAUUGCAUCAAUUAUAUUAUACAAGUUGUGUAAUGUGCAAGUACUAUACACUUGUAAGAUUCUUCUCUUUUCACGUUACAGCCGCCAUUGUUCGUCCACUUAACCUCUAAUUCUUGUGUCAUCAAUCGCAGUGCAUCUCGUAACUGCACGUACAGACCUACAAACUUGCCGAUUCACCACAGUACAAUGCUGAAUAAAAAGCAGAAAUUUAUUGUCGAAUUGUUUGUGAACUUGCAUUUGACAAAAACAAAAUUACUUCUAUUUAUAACCUCUAGUUGAUAUACUACCAUGUGGCGCCAUCUGGUGUGAUAAAUAUUUAAAUUGCUUAGAAAUAAUUUUAAUUAUAUCUAGGGUCCGGUCCUGAUGUACGGUGCGGUUUUACAUUCGCUUCGUAGGCUUCAGUAAGCUCUCUGCCCGGUGUUUUCGGCGAGUCGGUGUACGCCGGUGUUGCUUUCUUCGAUGCACGUCUCGCGAGUAGGGAGAAGUGUGUCGAGAAAUGAUAAGUGUCUGCGGCGCGCAGCCGCCGCUUCUCUAUUCACGUGCUGCGGCUCGUCGAGAGUGGUUGCGUACGCGUUCUUCGACUUCAUCGCGCCUUUUUAAAAUAUUGUUCCGGGCGAGUGUGAGUGGUGUGUGCGUACGUGCCGUGUGCCGUGUAUUAUGCCCUGAUUAACGCAACGAUGUAAAAUAACCAAAGUGACUGGAUUAACAUCAAAGAACAUCCGCCAAACACCGAAAAGUAACCAUGUUAGAACUUAGAAGAUUAGUGAUGUUUGCCGUUCUAGGACUGUCGAUGGUGAUAUUAAUACCGGGCAUUAUUGCAUCGCCAUCGAUAGAAACCUCCCCAGAUGAUAAUUCUCUGUGGAGGAGUAUAAGUAAUUGCAAGGAUAUGUCCUUGGACUGUAUGAAACAGGAGUUUGUUUCCUAUUUGAAUAAUGUAUUUAAUAGUCAGAAUGUGCGCGUGGCGUCGUUUCUUAAUUUUCGGAAAAACGACAUUGAUUAUAGUGCCUGGCGUAGUGCUACAAGUAAAAACAAGAGUGAACCAAAUAGCGGCGGAGAAGAUGCCGAUGAUGAACUUGAAGGGACAUCAGCAAGGGCAGCAAACCCUUUAGAGGAAGUGACUAAAUCAGUGCAGGACAAAAUCAAAGAGUUCUUCGUCACGCAUGACGUCCAACUUGCACUGCCGGAAUUUGUGGCAGAAGGAGCUUCGGUACGCAUCUCGCCUAGGGCCUUCCAAGAUGGCGGCGCUCUUAUCAAAUUGGAUUUAACCGGCGAGGCUGAGGAACGCUCGUCUUCUGUGGGCACACCACGUAUCUUCUUUAAAAAAAUCAAGAAGUUCAUCGGCGAGCGCCUAAUGUGGGCCCUGGCGGCCCUCGUGCUCGUUGUCAAGCUGCUCAGUUUGAAAUUCAUGUUCUUUCUGCCAGUUAUCAUGGGCGUGGCCGCCGCCAAGAAGCUGCUGCUCAAAGUCAUCCUCUUCGUGUUUCCUUUCUUGGGCCAUCUCUUCAAACUGUGCCCGUACUACUCGCCCACCAAAUAUCACCACCACCAUCAUCAGAUCUCGCACUUGCACCACCUUCCGCCACAUUUGCACGAUAUACACGCCGGUGGCAUUGAGUUAGAUCAUCCGCCGCCAGGGUGGAGUGAGAGUGAUCACGACCAUCAUCCCCAUCAUCAUCUAGAUAGUCAUGGUGAAUACGCUGAGGAUUUAGGAUAUUAUACUGAUGGACCUGCUUUUGGUGCUCAAGAAAUUGGAUUACGCAGAAAGCAACAAGCUGCUCAAAUUGACGAAGAUGAUCCGUACCCAAGUCAAGCCCAACCAGGGUAUUCAGGAUAUCCGAAAGACAUAAAGCCUUAUCUACCAAAACCCGCGCCUGUUCCCAAAGGCCCCACAAAAAUUAAGGCUGGACCUAUCAGCGCCGCAGAAAUAGAAAACAUGGUUCUCAAGGCAGAGAAAGAAGCCAUGCUGAAAGCUCGUCUUCAAGCAGAACAAAAACGAGUCGAAGUGGAAAACAAGCGUUUACAGGAUAAAAUUAAAAAUUCGCUAAAACUACAAGAAAAACUAAAAAUUCAAUCGAUGGUAGCGAAACAAACAUCAAAGAUAGCCGCAGCAUAUCAACCGCCGCCACCACCCCCACAAUCACAACCCGCUGCACAACAAUUAAUUCAACCGCACUACAUCAGUUCGUAUUUGCCGCAACAAGUUGUACCGGCGCAGGCGAUUUACGCACCCGUCGCACAUCAUCAACCCGUCUACAAUAAUCCCACGGUGCUAUCAGCGAUGCAAACGCAGUUACAAAACUCAGCGUUAAACACUAACACCAACUCUUUGAACUCAUUGGGCACUUUUGGAAAACAAGCCAAUAGCGCAAGUGGUAACAGUAUGACUGGUGCUAAUAUGGCGGCAACCGGAAGUGGGAAUACGUUCGAUCCGUUCUACAGUCCGAUUCUGCAAAAAAUCGAUAAGAUAUUUAACGAGUUGGUCAUUCUGGACGAAACGUGCAGGGAGCGGCUUGUUUGCAACAUGUACAGCGAACCGGAGAAGUACAGUCCUCACAGUAAUCUUAUUAGUGCCGAAUUAAGCAGGGAUGCAAGUGAAUUACAAAAACCAACAACGAGUAAUUUGGCCGUUAUCCGCUUUUACAAAUAUGUGCAGGCUGCGAGAGAUGGACAAGAUAAACGCGCAUGCGCUACGUUGUACCCGGCGUGCACACUGAGUCUAUAAUGUGGGCCCUCUGACGCCUAAUAGCUUUGACAGUGCACACAGAAUGGACGACAGACGAAUGCAUGUUGUCAACAGUCGAUUGCCAUAGUUAUUGCAUAUACGAGUAUAACAGUAACAAACCUCAAGACACCUAUUUAUUUAUUUAUUUAUAUAUUUAUUUAUUUGUAUUACUUCUUUAAGUAAUUCUUAUUCUUUAAAAAUUGUAUUACUUAUUUAAUUUAUUACUGCAGACAAGUCAAGUAAUCUAAACCUUGGCACUAAAUUAUGACAAUUUAAAUGUACUUAUCUAUGAUAGUUUCUUUUUCUUGGGAUUUAUUUAUUUAUUUAUUUAUUUAUUUAAAUGUAUAAUAAUAUAGGAAGAAAAUAUUCUGUGACGGUAUUAUUAGGAUAAAUUGUAUUCUAAUUAGUUAGUCUUGUAAGUAAUCGAAUCAAAUUGAUAGUCACUAAUGUAAUAGAAUGCCGCUCAAAUCAUAGUUACGAAUACUUCACGUUAAUGAUUUCUGAGAGUUGUUUGAGUUAAUUCUAGUUCGAAUUGUAGCCGUGUAUAGCUCGACGCCAGUUUUAAAUAUGGCGUCUAUAUAAUGGCUAAAUAUACUAACUUAACUGUAUCUAGUUACUACUGAACUAAAAUAAUUAAUAAGUGAACAAUAAAAGGAAAUUGUGGAUGUUUCACGUAGAAAGACAAUGUGAAAUGUCGGGAGCGAAAGUGUAAACGGUGAAAACAUUAUAAAUACUGUUAAUAAAACGAGAUUGUUGUAAGUUGUAAAUAAAUUUUAUAUGUACGUGUACUUACUGUAUUUUGGUGUGAAUAUAAUUAAAUAAAUGUAUUUGUGAUA